CAAAAAUGGAAAGAAGGGAAGAUGGUGUUCAUUUGGGAACUCACAAGUUCAGAGAUAGGCGUCCCCUUGGAACAUCGGCUCAAAUACAUGAUAAAGAUUAUCAAGAUCCAUCCGCCCCAUUUUUUGAGGUAGGGGAGCUUUAUUGCUGGUCUUUUUACAGGGCAGGAAUCGCUGAAUUCACGGCCACCUUUUUGUUCUUAUACAUCACCGUUUUGACAGUCAUUGAAGUCUCCAAAUCUCCAACCAAAUGCUCCUCUGUUGGUGCCCAUGGAAUUGCGUGGGCCUUUGGUGGCAUGAUCUUUGCACUUGUCUAUUGUACCGCCGGGAUCUCAGGCGGUCAUAUCAAUCCUGCAGUGACAUUUGGGUUGUUUUUGGGUAGAAAGUUAUCACUUCCAAGAACCUUGUUUUACAUAGUGAUGCAAUGCCUUGGUGCGAUUUGUGGUGCCGGUAUAGUAAAGGGAUUUCAAGGAGAAAGGGAUUUUGAGCUACACGGGGGUGGUGCCAACGUGGUUUCCAAGGGAUACAGUAAGGUCCAUGGCCUAGGGGCUGAAAUCAUCGGUACUUUUGUCCUUGUUUACACCGUUUUCUCUGCCACAGACGCUAAGCUCAGUGCUCGUGACUCCCGUGUCCCUAUAUUAGCACCAUUGCCAAUUGGGUUUGUGGUAUAUUUGGUGCAUUUAGCCACCAUUCCAAUCACUGGAACAGGGAUUAAUCCGGCUAGGAGUUUGGGAGCCGCAAUAAUCUACAACAAAGAGCAAGCAUGGGACGAACAUUUUUAA